UUUGGACAGCAUCGCGUGAAGAGCGGCGGAACUUUCCAUAAAAAUUCACCGAACUUAACGGGUCACGCGCUCCUCGCUCCCACCAUCAUCCAUCAUCCCCCAAUGAACUUCUCAGAGAAACACCCAUGGCUUCUUUCUCUCACCUCCAAUAUCCGCCGGGCCCACUCAAGGCCCACGUGGGCCAUGACGGGCCUCUUACUCCUCGCCCUCCUCGGCCUCGCCUGCCUCCAGACAGGCAUCGCCGGUCGCCAGCAGAUUCAACCGGGCCGGCCCAAAACCUGCGUGGGCUUUUUUGAGCCGGGGCCAGAGAGGGCGGUGGAGUUCUCGAUCAAGGAGUUUGGCGGCGUCGGAGACGGGAGGACGAAGAACACGGAGGCGUUCCGAAAGGCUAUGGGCCGGGCCGGGGAGCUGGCGGGGAACGGUGGGGCCCAGUUGAAGGUGCCGGCGGGUAGGUGGCUGACCGGGAGUUUUAAUUUGACCAGUAAUUUCACCUUGUUUCUGGAGGAGGGGGCUGUUAUUUUGGGCUCGGAGGAGCCAGAAGAGUGGCCCGUGGUAGAGGGGUUGCCAUCCUACGGACGUGGACGGGAGAGAUUGGGAGGACGACACAUUAGCCUCAUCCACGGCAAUGACCUCAAAAAUGUUAUCAUUACAGGACAAAAUGGGAGUAUUGAUGGGCAAGGCAAAAUGUGGUGGGAAUUGUGGUGGAAUAGAACUCUGCAACAUACAAGAGGCCAUCUUCUUGAACUGGUGAACUCAAGCAACAUUCUCAUCACCAAUGUCACCUUUCGAAACUCGCCGUUUUGGACGGUGCACCCCGUCUACUGCACUAAUGUGGUGAUAAAGAAUGUUACAGUUUUGGCUCCUCUUAAUGCUCCAAAUACUGAUGGCAUCGAUCCAGACUCGAGCACAAAUGUCUGUAUCGAAGACUGCUACAUUGAGAGUGGAGAUGAUCUCAUGGGUCGACCCAGCUCAAACAUCAUCGUCCGCAGGGUUUCAGGCACAACUCCAACAUGCUCAGGUAUCGGAAUUGGAAGCGAAAUGUCUGGUGGCAUAUCAAACAUUCUCGUCGAAGACAUGCACAUUUGGAAUUCAGCUGCUGGAGUUCGAGUAAAAACUGACAUAGGAAGAGGAGGGUACAUAACGAAUAUCACAGUAACAGGUAUUAAAAUGGAUAGGGUAAAAAUACCUAUAAGAUUCAGUAGGGGAGCUGAUGAUCACCCUGACAAUGUAUGGGAUCGAAAUGCAUUUCCUAGGAUUUAUGGCAUAAGUAUAAGCAAUGUUGUCGGUGUUGAUAUAGGUAAGGCACCAGUUCUUCAAGGAAUCAAAGGCAGUGUUUUUGGAGGAGUUUGUUUGAGAAAUAUAAGCUUGGGGAAGGUAAAAUCUCAUGGUGAUUGGCAAUGUGAGUAUGUUGAAGGAGAAGCUUAUGAUGUUUUUCCUUUGCCAUGCUUACAUCUUAGGAGUAACGAAUCUUCUUCUUCUAAGUGUUUACAGUCUUAGGACACAAUUUUGGGCGGAGGAAUGUUUUAGCCUUAUUUACUUGGAUGAUCUUUUUUACAAUUUUUUGAUAGAUAAGGUGAAAUAUAGAGAAACGUUAGCAUGUACAGAAAGGUUAUGUUCAUUAUUUACAUUGAAAAUGAGUGUCUACGUUUUGCUUUUUUUGUAUCAGAGAGAGAAUGUACAAUUUUGUAACAGCACAAUUUUUUCCACAAUAAAAAUGAAGAACAUGACUCAGAGGUUGGUUUUAGCUGCAAAUUUGAGUGGUCUUGCUGAUUACUCUGUUGGCUUUUUCAUGAAUGUAAGUUUAAAGUUGAAUACGGUUCGAAAAUUUUCUAAAAUGAUAUAAGAGAGUGAAGGAUAAACAUGGUACAUAAAGAACGGAGAUCCAUGAAAUACAGAAGUUUGUU